GCCCGGAAGCGGGGCGGGAGGCGGGGCCGCCCAGCGCAGCCCAGCGCCGCGGCUGGGGCCGGGGCCGGGGCCGGGGCCGCUCACGCCGCCGUCGCCGCCAUGGCCUGCGUGGCCUCGGCCGCCGAGUGCCUGCGGGAGUGGGAGGAGCUGCAGGACGGCUACCAGCGCAUCCAGGAUAAUCACAAGCUGUACAAGCAGAAACUCGAGGAGCUAACCAAGCUUCAGGAUGGAAUCUCCAGCUCCAUCUCACGGCAGAAGAAGCGGCUGAAGGAGCUGUCGUUGGCCCUCAAAAAAUGCAAAGCCCAAGUGAGUCCCGAACAGCAGGAGUCCAUCCAAGAGACCCAGAGCCUCAUAAAAGAGAGGCAAAAUGUUUUCUUUGAGAUGGAGGCCUAUCUGCCAAAGAAGAACGGGUUGUACCUCAGUCUGGUGCUCGGGAACGUGAACGUCACGCUGCUCAGCAAGCAGGCCAAGUUUGCGUAUAAAGAUGAGUAUGAGAAAUUCAAGCUCUACCUCACCAUCAUCUUAUUCAUCCUGUCCUUCUCCUGUCGAUUCCUCCUCAACUCCAGGGUGACAGACGCUGUCUUUAACUUCCUUCUGGUGUGGUACUACUGCACCCUCACCAUCCGGGAGAGCAUCUUGAUCAACAACGGAUCCAAAAUCAAAGGCUGGUGGGUUUUCCAUCACUACAUCUCCACCUUCCUCUCGGGUGUCAUGCUGACCUGGCCAGACGGGCUCAUGUACCAGAUGUUCAGGAACCAGUUCCUCUCCUUCUCCAUGUAUCAGAGCUUUGUGCAGUUCCUCCAGUACUACUAUCAGAGCGGGUGCUUGUACCGGCUGCGGGCGCUGGGCGAGAGGCACAACAUGGACCUGACUGUGGAGGGCUUCCAGUCCUGGAUGUGGAGAGGCCUCACCUUCCUCCUUCCCUUCCUCUUCUUCGGGCACUUCUGGCAGCUCUACAAUGCCAUCACCCUCUUCCGCAUGCUCCAGCACCCGGAGUGCAAGGAGUGGCAGGUCCUCAUGUGCGGCCUCCCCUUCUUCAUCCUCUUCCUGGGGAACUUCUUCACCACCCUCCGCGUCGUCCACCAGAAGUUUCAGAACAAGAACAAAGACACAAAGCGGAAUUGAAGCCGGGGGUGCAGCGUGGGGGACCAGGACUGUUCUUCCCCCACCAGCUCCAUCUCCCAUCCCCUCGAUGCCGUCCAGACUCUAGUGUUUCACCCUGUUCUUUGGAAGCUUGGGUGUGGGACAGAGCUCACAAAUAGACUGUGGUGCUUGAUUGAGUCACUCACCCCAAGGCAGGAGCGCCCUCCAACCUUCCUCCUCCAGAGCUGGGACAGCUGCUCCCCUUCCCUUUGCCCCGAAGGCACUUACUGGGAUGGUUUUUCUGGGGCGAGCCCAGCUCUGCUCAGGACAGGGACAAGGAUCCAGGGCUGAUAGCUGCCUCCCACCCAGCUCCUGGGGUACACCAGGAUCCCCCAUCUCCCUCCCCAGCCCUGCAGCCCCAGGGGAUGAAGAUCCCUCACAUCUCAUGGGCUGUGGGCCAUCACUGCCCUGGCUGCCCCCUUGGCUUCAGCACAAGUGCUGGUUUCCACAAGACAUCUUACCCCGGUUCUUCUCCCACUUCAAGCCACAGGGGCUGAGAUGGAGGAGCCGUGUGUGGCACCAGCAGCAGCCUGGAACUGGGACCAGCACCCGGCCUCACAUCUCUGGAGGAUGCAUAUGUCAAAAUAAAGGGAAGGUGCUGCCUCAGGGCACUGGGGUGGUCUGAAAACAGCUUCUGUACGCUGCAGUUUUGGCUCUUCUGGGCACAAUGUGGCAGCAGGAGGGAAGAAAAGCCACGUCCAGGUGUCCCCAUAUGAGCCCGGGGUGCGGUGGGGACAGAGGAGAGCGCACUGAGCUGCCAGCUGCCUCCCACAACCCUCCGAGCCCCGGCCAGGGGCUGCAGCUGCCCAACGAGCCAGGGGGACACCCAGCAGGACUUGGGGACCUUGGAGACCAGGGAAGAGACGCUCCAUCCACUGCUGGGAGCCUCUGCAAGUGUUGGGAACCAAAGAGCAGGUCCAGCACAGCUCUGUGUGGGUCCUGAGCCAUCCACCCCCUGCUUCUGGCCCCAGCACCCUGCCAGGGACGGUCCCCAGCCACCAGCUCAGCCCAAACCCUGAGUUGUCACCUGUACCCCAGGUUUCCUCCUGGUUCGCAGCCAUCGCUCCUCCACCUCUUUCUUCCCAAGCAGAGGGAGGGCAGGAAGCAAACUAUGGAAACAGUAUUUUUAUUCCAAGGGCAAAUGUAUUUAAAUAAUUUACAGUCAUUGGACAGCCUGAAAGUUGGUUUUUUGUUGUUGUUGUUUUUCUUUUUCCAUGAUUAAAUCACAAAGAUGUUGAAAUAAAAACAGUAUUUUAAAAAAA